AGCUGCGCAGACGCGUGAACCGCCCAGAGCCUGUCGGACGUCCGCCGAAGCCGGUUGCUCCUGGACCAGCCCCUGGAGGAGGAGCGCGGCCUGGGGUCCGGGCCGCCGCGAGCCGUCGCCUCCGCUGCCUUCGCCGAGCAUGAACUUGUGUCCCUGAAGCCUGGUAAAGCUGCAGAGCUGGUUCCACUCACUUUUCUGAACAGAUUGAAACAGUCAGGAAAAAAACUUUAGAGAAGAUCUCCAUGUAAAUCGACAGUUGCUGCAAAUGUCUCCCCAUGUCACAGAGCCGUUCUCUGAGCUGCUGUGUCCAUUCAGCACCAGCCAGGUUGUAGAGAUGCUGCCAAGCCUGGGGUGCUGCCUCCUGGAAGAAAGCAUUCUGAUAAGACCAAUGGUGUAGAGGAGGCAAGAGUCUGCUUUCCUUAAUCAUCCACUGUUGUAUAAGUGAGCAAAGGGAGACUCAUAUUAAAUUACCUGCCUGCGUUCGUACCUGCUGCUGCUGGCAGCCCCAGGCCGGGGUCAGGGCCCUGGAUGUUAGAAGCCACUGCUGCCCCUUCACUCUCCUGAAGCCGUCUCCUCCUCCUGCCUCCGCUCAGAGCCCCUGCACCCUGGCCCCAGCCCGGCCUGGCCCCGCUCACCACUGGACCCUGGCAUGUCAGGGCCUGGCCCGCGCAUGCCUGUUCAGCCCGUGGAACCCUGGUGGCCCCACCAAAGAUGACAGGCCAGGCCGAUGUCCCGAUCACCCUAUGGGUUUUCCAUCUGCUGCUGCUGCUGCUGCUGCUUGGGCACCAGCCAAGUGUGGCCUCAGAGAUGGAUGUGCAUCCUUGGGUGGGCCAUGCCCCAUGUUGGUGCAGAACAAGUUCUUCAAGUACUUCUUGGCGGCCACUGAGUUCUCUGCCAAUGCUUUGCACUUCUCCUGGACCCUGUGCAACCCGAACCUGCACUGCUACAAGCUCUGCAUGAAGGUGGCCAAGGUGCCCACCUGCAGCAGCCCCACCUGUGUUGGAAUCUACCAGUUGGAAUCCUUCCUGGAGUCCACACCCAGCUGCCUGGGCCUGGAGAGCUGUGACAAGGUGCUAAGGCUCUGCAACACCUCAGGGCCCCUGUCUUUACUGUAGGCCAGCAAGCAGUUCCUGCAGAUGAAGGGACAGCUGCUGCCGCAGAAGGAUGAUCCUGGGCUCCAGGGCGGGGCCCUCCCACCCCAGCGACAGCUUCUCCGUGGAACACCUGGUCAUGGGCAACCACAACCCCCGUGACAUGACUGGUGGCCCUGAGAACUGCCUCACCAGCCUGACCCAGGAUGGGGCGGGGAUGCUUUCCAGCCGCCGCUGGCAGCCCCAGACUGGCGUCCAGUCCCCGGAUGUUAGGAGCCACUGCUGCCCCUUGGUCGCCUGAAGCCCUCUCUUCUUCCUGCCUCCGCUCAGAGCUCUGCAACCUGGCCCAAGCCCGGCCUGGCCCUAUUCGCCGCCAGACCCUGGCAUGUCAAAGCCUGGCCCAUGCCUGCCUGCUCAGCCUGUGGAACCUUGGCAGUCCCUCCAGCUAGGAUGAGGAGCCAGGCCGCUGCCCCAGGCGCCCUGUGGGUUUUCCAUCCGCUGCUGCUGCUGCUGCUGCUUGGGCGCCAGCCAAGUGUGGCCUCAGAGAUGAAUGUGCGUCCUGGGGUGGGCUGUGCCCCAUGCUGGUGCAGGGCAAGUUCUUUGGGUACUUCUUGGCGGCCACUGAGUUCUCUGCCAAUGCCUCGUGCUGCUCCUGGACCCUGUGCAAGCCGAACCUGCACCGCUACAAGCUCUGCAUGAAGGUGGCCAAGGUGCCCACCUGCAGCAGCCCCGCCUGCGUCCGCAUCUACCAGUUAGAAUCCUUCCUGGAGUCCACACCCAGCUACCUGGGCCUGGAGAACUGUGACGAGGUGCUGAGGCUCUGCAAUUCCUCGGGGCCCCUGGCCUUCCUGCAAGCCAGUAAGCAGUUCCUGCAGAUCAAGAGACAGCAGAUGACACCGGGCCCCAGGGCGGGGCCUUCCCACCCCAGCGACAGCUUCUCUGUGGAACACCUGGUCAUGGGCAACCACAACCCCCGUGACUUGGCUGGUGUUCCUGAGAACUGCCUCACCAGCCUGACCCAGGAUGGGGUGGGGAUGCGCUCCAGCCCUCCCCGACAUGGACUCAUGACAAGCAUCUUGCUGUUGGGAGCUCUUCCUCCACCAUAUGAAGGCAGCCGGGCUUGCUUGCUGAAGAGGUGGGGAUCUGCCUAGAGCCAGCACCAAGCAACAGACACCAAAAGAUGAAAGCUCUUGUUGCUCCACAUCCUUGUCAGCAUUUGGUGUUCUCAGUGUUACAGAUGUCUGGCCAUUCUGAUAGGAAACUCCAUACUGUUUUCCAUAGUGAACCUGGACUCCUGUGGCUUUUUGGUAACCAUCAUGGGGAUGGAAUCACAUCUUUCACUGGAAACACUGGGGUGACACAGAGGUUUGGAUGACACAGACAAAUGAACAAACUAUGCUCUGAGGCCAAGAUACCUUGUGGAGGGAUGAGACAUGUACCUGAUGAUCACAUUUUUUCGUUUAUUCACUACUUGAACAGAACCUUUGAAUAUUGUGAGGAACCUCGGUGUAUGAGCCUUCCACCAGCACUUUGAAUGUUCGCUGGGAGCACACAGAGCAAAAUCCUCAUCAAUACAAGCAUGUACCCACAGCAGGUGCCAAUCCCUGGGAAUACCAAUGAUGCCAUUCUUAGGAAUCUGCAGCCAGAUGCCCCAGACACCGUUACAGUGGUUCCCCUUUAUCCUGAGGGCGAUGGAGGGCAUACACCAGACACUGGAAGGACAUGGAAUGGUGAGAGGACUGGCCAGAAAUGUCCAAGUGUACAGCCCACUGAACAGCGGGAACGUUGGCUGGACCCUGCCCCUGGCUGGUGCAGCAGCGCCAAGUGUGUGCGCUGCCCUGGCUGGCACGAGGCCCCUGGAACCUGAGAGAGAGUGCAAGACCAGGAGAAGGCAGGCCCAGGACUGCACUACACUUAGCCUGCGCCAGCGGCCAGUCAUCAGUGGUGGCUCUCCUUACCCAGUGGAAGUGUGACCUGGAUGCUCGUGACGAGGAAAGCAGGACAGCUCUCAUCAAGGCUGUACAAUGCCGGAAGGAAGAGUGUGUCACUAUCCUGCUGAAACAGGGUGCUGACCCAAAUCUUGAGGACAACUUUCAAAACACUGCUCUGCAUUACGCCGUCUUGGCUGAAAAUACAUCAAUUGCAGCAGAGCUGCUCCACUAUAAGGCAAACAUCGAGGCGAUAAACCAGUAUAACUUCACACCAUUUUUAGUCGCUGUCAGGGAGAACAAAGAAGAGAUGGUCAAAUUUUUGAUAGAGAAUGGGGCAAAUGUACAUGCAGUCGACAUGCUGCAAAGAUCAGCGCUCAUGCUUGCUGUAUUUCAUGACUCACCAGACAUAGUCAAGCUGCUUCUUCAGAAGCAUGUUAAUGCCUGUUCUCUAGAUUUUCAAGGAUGGUCUGCUGAAAGAUAUGCUUGUCGUAAUGGUUUUAAACACCUUUACCAGCAGAUUGUCGACUACAGAGAAGAAAAGAUACCAAAUACUCCCCCUCAAAAUAGCGACCUAGGACAGAGUUCUGCUAAGGAGAGUUUACCUUCUUCGCAUACUGGGGCAGAAAACAUCCAAGAAAAGUUGCAGUUGUCUGGCAAGGACGACGAAGAAAUGGUUGAGUUGGGAACCAGCAAUGGCAGCUGCAUGGAUUCACUGAAGAAUGUUGAGCAGAAGAUGGAUUUAGUGGUUGAGGUUUCACCGAGUAAUGAAGAUAUCUCUGUCAUCAGAGUUUCACCCAAACAUGAUAUUGAUGAUUCAAGGCCUCCAUCAGAUGAGGACUUAGAUCUUGCUCCCAAGAGUACGUCUGAGAUUCAACUACCGAACCAUGUUGAUCAUUUAUCUGGAGCUGCAGGUCUAGGAGAAAAAAAUACAUUAAAUGGACAAAUAGAAAAUUCUACUGAAAAAUAUCCUCACCUGAAGCCUGCAGUUGGAGUGAAAGAUUCUGUUCCUAAAAAAACAGGAGAAAUGAAGAAUUUACACAGAUUCAAAUCAGAUCCUUCAGACGGGGAUUCUACUAGUUUUAGCCUCAAUAAUGAGGCUGGUCAAAGAGCCGAGCAUUUGAAAGUUGAUAAAUGUCCGUUGGUAUCGCAAUCAGUGACCACAAACCAGUCAGCACCCACAGAACUGAGGCAGAUGGCCCUAGUAGAUAAAGACGGGAUGAGUAUUGGAGCUGUGUGUCUGUCAGAAAAUGCAGCGCUCCGUGGCCUGUGUGAAUCACAGCUGCCAGAGAAAAGCAGCAGCAAAGAAGCAGACCUAGACUUAGAAAGGACUUCUGAGGAAGAGCAAGAAAGACUUGAUGGAAGUGAAAAUAACCACUCACAGGAUAAAUGUGUUUUACAAGCGUGUACUGUGAAAGAAAAGAAAUCUGAAGAUCAAAUCAAGCAGAUUAAUCUUUCACUUGUGCAUCUGCAAAAAAUGCCUAGAGAACCAGAAAUGAAUAUGGAACAUGACAGAAAGGACGUACCUGUAUCUUCAAAACAUUCUUGUAUGGAGAAACAUGAGGACAUGUGGGUCAAACAAGGCAGAUUGGACUGGAAAAAUAAUUCAGAAUUUAUCACAAAGAAGUCAAAUCAGAAAAUCAGUAAAAUCGAUGAAAAAUGUAAAAUCACUUUUCAUCGUAAGGUAGAGUCACUAUGUGACGACUCUGAACUAGAUGGUGAUUUAAAGGAACUACUUUCCACUGUGACAGAUAAUAUAUUUGAUUGUGAGGAAAAAGAUGCACCUGGAGCCUCUGUCUCUGUAGGAUUCCAGGCAUUCUCUGAACACAAAGAGCCCAGUCUUGAAAAUGUUCUUCCAUCUUAUUCUAAGUCUGAGUCAACAGAGUAUGGUUGCCAGUCAUCUUCAAAACUUUAUUUAAAUGAAAAUAAGUUAGAUGGAAGUGAUAAACCAGACACUGAACAUGUUUUUAACAAAAAUGAGGGGAGUUUUUAUAAUGAUAGAGAAAAUGAAGUAAGGAACCGAGUUCCAUUUAAAGUGAAAGAAGACCAAGAAUUUGCUACAAAAAGAAUACAGACAAGGAACCAAAAUACUCACUGGAAAUCAGACAUUGGACAUGCACCUCAGGUUGAAGUAGAAGAGAACAGGAACAAAAGUAGUGAACUGAAAGGAUCAGAAACCAUGUGUGAUGGCAGUUAUUACAAAGGAUUAACUCAGCAGAGGAAGAAGGGAAAUUCUGAUAGUAGCUGUUCUGGCUCGUAUAUGACGGAAGUAAAGAAGAAUGAAAGUGGAAAACGGACAUUAAAAGCAUCUGUGACUUCAUGUGUAUUUGCGAAGACUGCCUCACUGGCUGGUGGUGUCCUACACAUGAAUGACAACAGCAGUUUAAGUGAAGGAGAUCAAGGUUGUGGCAGGUUUUCAAAGAAAACGUCUACUGAAAAGGACCAGGUCAAAGAGCAGAUGAAUUCUGUGGAUGGCCUCGAUGACUUAACUCUGGCACCGGAGACAGCUUCCGAGGAUUGCGAGUCGCUUUCCCCUGAUUAUAAGAACACCCUGAGGCUAAUCGAACAACUUGGCCCGGAGAGUAAAGAUUCUGAUAGGUUAUUGAAAAUUCAGGAUCCAGUUGAUUCAUUCAGACCAACAGAACUUAAAGAAUCUGACUGUGCACUACUUAGAGGAAAAAUUAAAGAAAUGGAAAAUAAGGUGAACUGGCUACACACAGAGCUGCUGAAAACAAGAGAAGCAAAAUCACAGUUAAAACUUAAAAAUGUGGAGUGGGAACAAGAGCUCUGCCACAUGAGAUUCACAUUAGAACAAGAAACAAAGAAGAAGGAAAAUGCUUAUACAUUAUAUGAAAAAUCUAAGGAUGAUUUAAAAAGAAAAGAGAAACAAUACAAUGAGCAGGUUUACCUGAAACAACAACUUGAAAUCACUGCCCGAGCACUAGAAUGCAAACUGAAGAGCAUAAGGAAUAAACCAAAUCAGGUUUUAGAAGAGCAAAAUGAGGCUCAGAGACAACUUUCUCAAGAGCAGAAUGCCAGAGUAAUACAAGAUGAAAUCCUGGCCCAUCGUCUUUCCCAACAAAAGGAGGCAGAAAAGGCUAAUAAGAAAAUGAAUGCUGAGGACACAAUGGAUUUUGAGCUGUCUGACCCAAAAGAUAGCAGCGAGGUGCUUCCUCAGCAACUUCCUGAAGCUGAAAGUCAAUUCCGUGGCCCAGAAAUUGAGCUCCAUCCCAGGAGAGAUGCUCUUAGACCAACGACUUUGGUAUUAGAAUGUGUGCAUAGAGACCGAGGCCAAGCCCAGUGUUCAAACAAGGAAACUGAAGCCUUCUCUCAAAGCAAACAAGGGGAAGUCAACAAAUAUAUUGGAAAGCAGGCAUUCUUGAAGGAGAAAGUAUGUAAACUACAAAGUGAAAACAUGUUGCUUCGACAGCAACUGGAAGUUGCUCAAAAUGAAGCCAGAAGUGAAAAGACAAUACUUAAUAUCCCAGAGCUGUUUCUGGAUCACAUGGGAAAACUUGAAGCCAUGAGCAGACGAGUUCUGAUGCUGGAGGAAGAAAACAAGGAGUUAAUCAAUGAAUGCAGAUGUUUAAAGGACAGACUGUAUCAGUGUGAAAUGGACAGAGCAGAAAUGGAAGCCCAUAUGAGACAGCUUCAACAAGAACUGAAUGACACCCGGAAGAAAGUGUCUAUGUUGGAAGCAUCCCUGGAGGUGACAGCACAUCAUCACACUAACUCAGAAAAUAAGAGACGGGAUGGAGAGAGGAAGUCACAUCAAACUGCGAACCCAAAUGCUGAUCUUCCAGCAAAAGAGGAAUCUACAUCUUCAGUACUUCUCCAUCUGAGUGCAGAAACUCAGCUUCUUCUAAAAGAACUAGUAUCUAUGAAAGAGAUGCAAAAGAAGUGUGAAACACUAGAGAAGGAGAAGAAGAAGUUGGAGGAAGAAGUACUAAACCUCAGAGGUCACCUCUAAAUGAACAUAGUGGAACGCAGUCAAGUGAAGCAGUACAAACGGGAGACUGAAGAGCAAGCAAGAUGGGAUGUAGUAGAAAAACUGAAAGAACUCAGGCGAGCUGUGCAGUACAGACGGGAAACUGAAGAGCAAGCAACACAUGAUGUAGUAGAAAAAUUGAAAGAAAUCAGCCAGUUUUUACAGGCACAAGCAGCAUUUCAAGAAAAUGUGUUAAGAGAGUAUAAAUGUGCUUCAGUAAGUCAAAUGGAACACAGAGUUAAAGACCUGGAACCUGAACUGAAAAAUGAUUCUAAUGAAAACAAAUUGGAAAAAUACAAACAACUGUACCUGGAAGAGCUAGAAAAUAGAAAGUCUUUGGCAAGUCAGCUAACCUCGGUUAAUGAGAGGCUGGCCAAGGUGAGCACUAAGCUUCAGCUGGAGAAGCAGCACAAGAGCUCUUUCCCUGGCUUUGUUCCUGCAAGGCCUGUUGACGGACUGCCUUCUGCUGCUAGUACUAGCAUGGAGGCCAAAAGGAGUCUUACUCGAAGAAGGAACUUCAAGACUUUUUCUGACCCUUAAACUAGCUGGAGCGAUCACUUGUUCUGGAUGCAGAAGUUGGAGAAUAAUAUAGAGAAUUAAAAGAAGCUACUACUGAACUUGAAUCUAAGUCCUACAGACUCUCUCAUAGCCUUGAUGGACGAGUCAAGUCUAAGUCCAGAUCUGGUUUUGAAAGCAUGUGAAGAAUAUGUGGAGAUUUUGCAGAAUAUGUAUAUGAUCUGCAAGAUAAAUAGUAAACAUUUACCUGCUGGGCUGUUUGCCUAACAUUUUAGUUACUUCCCAUUAUGUAAGAUACUGACACUGUUUAUUAAAGGAAAAUACUCUUGCAUUCUAUAUGGGCAUGAUUAAAAUUGAUGUAUUUUAAAUCA